UACCUUUGGGUUCCAUUCAUUCAGCGAAAGAGAGAAUAUGCAGAGAACUUCUAGAGAGAGAGAGAGAAGAACGAACGAACUAAGACAUUGAAAUUCUCAUGCUCUGUUCAUCACAACUAGCUAUCGAAGUAACAGAGAGAGGAAAACGAACGAAAACAGCGAGAAAAUCUUCAAAUUUUUCUUCUUCUUCUUCUUUGUAUUUUUUUCAAUGUUUUGGGUUCACUGGAGGGGUUUGAAUUAGGGUUUUGAUUGGGCUUUGAUUUUGAAUUUUUGUUUAUGGUUGUGUUUUGGUGGUAAUUGGGGCAAAUUAUGAAGGAUUGAAUCUCUGUGAUAUGAGUGGAGUGUGUGUUUUCUAGGGUUUCAAUGGGGAGUAUGGGUGACUCAGACAGAAAACGGCGUCACUUUAGCUCCUUAUCUCCUACACCUGCAGCUGCUGCAACUGCCAAGAAGCUUCCCUUUUUGCCCAUUUCUGAAGACAAAAAGCUUGAUAUUGCUGUACUCCAGUAUCAAAAUCAAAAGCUUUUACAGAAAUUGGAAACCCAGAAGUUAGAAUAUGCAGCUCUUGAGAAUAAACUUUCUCAACUGAAUGAGAGUCAACAUUCAUAUGAUUCUGCUUUAACAGUGGUCAAGAAGUCUUGGGAGCAGAUGGUUAAUGAUUUAGAGUCAAGUUCUGAAGGCACACGAGAGUCUAGCUGCAAAUCAGAUUCCAGAUUUGCAUCAGUUAUGAAUGAUUGUAGUUCAUCUACUGUUCAGGAUGUUUUUCUUAGCCGAUUAAUGCAAACUGGUGCAACUGAAAGUUCCUCCACGUAUCGCUUUGCAAACCAGAUGGAAGAGCAUAAUGAAAUUACUGCUGAAAAAGCUAAAAGCAUUUUAAAAAAUGUAGUGACAGCUACUAAUAACCUUUGGGGUAUGAAGGAUGGAUUGCAUACUGCAUUACUGAAAAAGCUUCCAGGAGAUGUUUCAUGUCGGCAGAAGUUGUCCGCUGAUCUAGAGGUGGAAGUUAAGAACCUGAGAUUGGCGUUCAGUGAACUUCACUUGAAGCACAAGUCUUUGGCAAGUGAGUUACAAUUUCAGAAAGAUCAUGAUGCCAAAAAUAAAGCCGAUCUUAAGCGAUUAAAAGGGGAACUAGAAAGCACGAUUGCAGAGUUGGAAGAAAGCAAUCACAAACUUGCAACGCUGAAGGAAGAGAGGGAUGCAGCAAAAGGGGUAGUUCUCCCUGUGUUAAAUGUUGGAAAUGCUCAGACUCCCAACGAUAAGAUCAGAGACAAGCAAAAGGAUUUGCAAGAUAUGGAAUCUACUCUGAAGGAGCUAUUGGACCAAGGCUCAACUCGAUUAGUGGAACUGAAAACUCUUCAUGAGGAAAGAAUAAGAAUAUUACAGCAGUUGUGUGAUCUACAGAACUCAUUGAAGAAUUUGAAGUGCAUUACCUCUUCCAAUGCUUACCAAUUGGUUAGAGAUCAGAUAGAAAAAUCAAAAUCAGAAGUUCGGGAGUAUCAGGCCUUAUAUGAGAAAGUACAGGUUGAGAAGGAUAAUCUUGCUUGGAGGGAGAGGGAGUGGUACAUUAAAAAUGACUUAGCAGAUACUUUUCAAAGACCUGUAGCAGUUUCUGACUUGAGAGUGGCUGAUAUACGCUCCGAGAUACAAAAUAAGAUAGAUGCGAGAAAUUUGAUUGAAAAUAAGCUGAAAGAGGAAGCAAGAGAACCAGGAAGGAAACAAAUUAUUGCAGAAUUUAAAUCUCUGCUUUCUUCAUUUCCUGAGGAAAUGGGAUCUAUGCAAAGUCAACUAAGUAAGUAUAAAGAAUCAGCUUCAGAUAUCCAUUCUCUGCGUGCGGAUGUGCAGUCUAUUUCUAGUAUUCUUGACAGGAAGGUAAAAGAAUGUGAUCUAUUAUCGGUUAAGUCUACUGGUCAACUAGCUGAGAUAAAGAAGCUACAUGCUAUGGUUAAAGAUUUGAGACAGACUGAUAAGGAAUUGAAGUUGUUUUGGGAAAUGUUUAGACGUGAGACCAUUGAUUCAAGGGAUGUCAUGGAAGCAAGGGAUGCAGAAUACAGAGCAUGGGCACAUGUUCAAAGUUUGAAAUCAUCUCUUGAUGAACACAACUUGGAACUUCGAGUUAAGAUGGCUAAUGAAGCAGAGGCCAGAUCUCAACAAAAUCUUGCUGCUGCUGAAGCUGAGAUAGCAGACAUGAGAAAGAAGUUGGAAGAUUCUAAAAGGGAGAUGUUAAAAUUGUCGGAUGUCUUGAGAUCUAAAAAUGAAGAAAAUGAAGCUUUCUUAUCCGAAAUAGAGACUAUAGGACAAGCCUAUGAUGACAUGCAAACUCAAAACCAACAUCUGUUACAGCAGAUUACUGAGAGGGAUGAUUAUAAUAUUAAGCUUGUUUUAGAAGGUGUAAGGGCGAGACAGAAGCAGGAUUCUUUAAUUAUGGAGAAGCGAGUAAUUGAACAAGAGAUCCAUCAAGCAAAUGUAUCCCUGAAUCUAUAUGAUGUGAAAGCUGCAAGAAUUGAAGACCAGUUGAGGCAUUUUUCAGAUCAGAUUCAAAAACUUACAGAAGAUAAGCUUCAAAACUCUGUCACUUUUGAAAAUACACAAAGAAGGCUUGCAGAUAUUAGAUCAUCAACUCAACAGGUUAGGGAUACAGUGGUGGAACAGCAAUGCAAAAUUAGUAGUAGUCGAGUGACUUAUAUGGAGUUACAAGUGGAAGUCGAGAAAGAAAGGUUUGCCAAGAAAAGAUUUGAGGAGGAGCUUGAGGUUGCUAGGAGAAAGUUUUCACGCCUUAAAGUACAGAAUGAGGGUUCCUCGUUAACUGAAAAGCUUCAACAGGAAUUGGGAGAAUACAAGGAAAUUAUCAAGUGCAGUAUCUGCCAAGACAGGACAAAGGAGGUGGUUAUUACAAAAUGCUACCACUUAUUCUGCAACACGUGUAUGCUGAAAGUUACUGGGAGUAGGCACCGCAAAUGUCCACAGUGUGGUACAAGCUUUGGGGCUAAUGAUGUCAAGCCUGUUUAUUUGUAACUAGGAAAUUGGUUCUAUCGUGCUUUUUAAGAAGAUGCCGGUGUUCUUUUAAAUGAUCUGGUUUUUGGAUACCAUGGUUCAAAUUGUAUGCUUAUGCCAACUGUUGUGAUAGGAAACAAUGGCAGCGAUCAAUUAGUGCCAGUCUCCUUUCAUUGGACCAAAAAUGAUUAUUUUUGCUGGUACUGUUUCUUAGUACCACCUGUACUCUUUUGAAUCUGGGAUGUUUAGCAUUUGAGUGAGAGAACAUGGAGCCGUUGAAACUUGAUAUUAUUUCUUUGCAGAUUUAUCAUAAUACAUCUUCCAAUGCGAUUUGGAGAGAUCAUGAAGGUUGUUCUUUGACUGUGGAAUUAAUAAUUCAAAUUAUUCUAAGCCUGGCAUGAUGGUUAUUUGCCUUGGAAGUUGACUCCUUUGAGUACAACGACAAUGCCUUACAUCAAUAGUUCUGUUUCCUGCUGAAAUGGCAGAAACACAAAUUUUUGCUUCAGAAGAUUUUGUAUAUAUGUUAGAAGUAGCCUUUCAAUUUUGUUCAUCACAGCCUGUAAUAUGUGUAUUAUUAGAUGAUGUGUCACGAUAUCAAUUGUAAUUGGUGUUGUGUAAUGAUAAGAAUGCCAAAUAAUCUUUUAAUGUACUUAUUUGCCAAUCUUCCUGAA